UGGUUGGCUUUUACCGAGCUGUAGGCUGAGGCCGAACUCUUUGGUAACGCCGAACUCAUACUCUUCCUUGGGCUUUGGGCCGAACUCAUACUCUUCCUUGGGCUUGUUUAGUACGCACCCCAUCAGGGAAGUUCGGCAAUGUGCGGUCCGCCGCUGGAGAAAUGCGAUUUAGCUUCGAGUAACCCUACCCGUCCCGGUGGAGCAAUGGCGUCGCCGGUGAGCCCUAAAACGACCGUUUCUUCCUCUCCAACCGCUGUUCCGACGGAGACUAAUCCACCAUCACCGCACACUUCCCACAGGAGUAAAAUAAGUAAUAUUGCUAUAAUUGGUAUAAUAAUUGGGGAUGUUUUGGUUCUAGGGCUAGUUUCGUUGCUACUGUAUUGCUAUUUCUGGAGGAACUAUUCGAGCAUGUUGACGUCGGAGAAGAGCUCCGUGCAAGCGGAGAAAAUAGUGUAUUCGUAUUCGUCGAGCCCGUACCCGAACCCGGCCCAGUCCGGGUACGAGAGGGGGAAGAUGGUGUUCUUCGAUGGUGAGAGGAGGUUCGAGCUCGAGGAUUUGCUGAGGGCAUCGGCGGAGAUGCUGGGGAAGGGCGGGUUUGGGACUGCAUAUAAGGCGGUUUUGGAUGACGGGAAUGUGGUGGCGGUGAAGAGAUUGAAGGACUUGAAUGUGCCUGGGAAGAGAGAGUUUGAGCAGCAGAUGGAGGUGUUGGGGCGUCUGCGCCACCCGAAUUUGAUCGGAUUGAAGGCUUACUAUUUCGCUAGGGAUGAGAAAUUGUUGGUUCAUGAAUUCAUGCCUAAUGGGAACUUGUUUUGGUUGCUUCAUGGCAACCGAGGCCCCGGUAGAACUCCAUUGGACUGGACCACAAGGUUGAAGAUUGCAGCAGGAGCAGCACGGGGGCUAGCCUUCAUCCACAGCUCAGGGGCCCCCCUGAGGCUCGUGCACGGCAACAUCAAGUCGACAAACGUCCUUAUCGACAAGCUAGGCAAUGCCAAGCUAUCUGACUACGGCCUCUCAGUCUUUGCAUCUCUCCCGUCUGCCUCUAAAUCCAAUGGCUACCGUGCCCCAGAGGCAGCUUUGGACGGCCGGAAGCUGACCUCCAAAUCGGAUGUCUACUCUUUCGGGGUCCUGCUGCUGGAGCUGCUGACUGGCAAGUGCCCCUCCAUAAUCGACAACAGUGGGCCGGGGAUAGGGUACAGCGGGGUCGUUGAUCUGCCUAGGUGGGUGCAGUCCGUGGUGAGGGAGGAGUGGACGGCUGAGGUGUUCGAUUUGGAGCUCAUGAGGUACAAGGAUAUCGAAGAGGAGAUGGUGGGACUGCUGCAGAUCGCGAUGUCGUGCACUCAGGUGGCACCAGAUCAGAGGCCGAAGAUCAACUAUGUGGUGAAGAUGAUAGAGGAGUUGAGAGGGGUGGAGGUGUCGCCCUCACACGAGGCACUAGAGUCGGUGUCGGAGUCACCGUCGGCGUCGGAAGAUACCUGCAGAGCUAGCGAAUGAUGGGUAGCUGUGGCCGUGCAAGAAUGAACUAUGAUUCAAUUUGUUGUUAGCAACUUUGGAAGUUUUCAUUAGUUCAACUUUUGUAUAUUGAGUAUUGAUGUGAGUAGGUUUUUGAGGAUCAAGUUGUGAUAUGCCUCCCACUCCAAAUUAUUUUUUAUUUUAGUUUCUCUAGUUGAUCAUCUUAUAGUAUUUCUA